AUGACCCUCGCCAAUCUGGAUGACUUCGAAAAAGGCCUCGGGGAUGUGGAGAAGAAGUUUGUUGAGGGCUUUCGAGAGGGCAUCUUCUGUGGUCAUCGGCUCACUCACGUGGAUGAACACGGCUUCUCCGCCUUACGAGCGCAGUAUAUUGGUGAGAUUAUGAAGUCAAUUAAAAAGAGAUUCCCUUCUGGGGAUGUGAGCCACAUUUCUGACCUCGACACUGUCCUCAACGCCUCUCGUUUUCCGAACACAAACAGCGCGCUGCAGGAGUACGGCUUGGAUGCUGUCGAGCGCCUUGCUGACUUUUAUGGCGCGCACCCAAACGCAGCGGUCUCACUCGUUGAAAAGGAAAGGAUGGUACGGGACUUUCGCUCCGUGAAAUGUGUGCUUGCAGGUUCAGCCCUGCACACAUUCAAUUAUGAACAGGCGAGUGCUCAGUUUAAGUCCACAAAGCCGCGAAAGAAGGUUUAA